AUGAUGUCAUAUGCUCUACACCUCCAAGCUGUUUCAACUCGCUUGUCGAUUGCUGAAGAUAUGUCUGACUUUCGGCUAACGGAGUAUAUCCGCCACCUGGUCGUUCAACCUGCCGAUGCACGUCUAAACCCACCAGAGGGCUACUUUUUCGUUCAGGAUGGACUUAUUAUCUCCUGCGGGGUAUUAUACGCCCUUUUAUAUGUGUUUUGUAUGAUGCGGGCUGUCAAGGACGAGGUUUUACCCGCAUCAAUCAAGUACAUGUACGCUGCUAAACUUCUCACGUUAGACCUCGCGUUUGUCGCGCUUGCUCUCUGGCGUGUCUAUGGCCCCGAUCAAAGAAAGCGCAUUGCCGGAGAGAUGCUUGUAUACUGUAUAACGGCUCUAGCAGGGUUGAGGUACUUGGGUUAUCUCUACCCUGACGACCGCGAGCAAGUUACAGCAUAUUGGACUGGUAUCCUCCUGCAACUUCCGGCUGGGUGGGUGUACGUGUAUGGGCUGGUGAAACAUCGUUCUCUACUGGGCCAUUCCCUGGAGAUUUGGUACGCAACUUGCUUUUCCUGCUCGCCAUUUUUGGUCAGCUUUAUUAAUUAUUAUCGGCAGGCUCGUUGCUUCACGGCUUAUGGUCUUUUCAUAUGGCGGUAUCUCAACAUCCCUCGAAACUGGGAGUAUGUGGGAUCGUUUUGGAGCAUCGCGGUUAUUGUGAUUACCCUUAUUCCGGAGACUGUAUAUCCUUUCCUGUAUAUUUGGGUAUUCAAUCAGAACAAAAGCAAGGUAAAAAUGGGUUAA